UUGUAUAAAGAUGAAUUUUAAUCCUUGCUAUUUAUUUUGCUACUGGAUUAGACAUCUGUUUUAAAAUAAGUCUUUACAGAAGUCUAAGAAUAGUGAUGUCAAGGUUUUUUUUAGCAUGGGUCAUGGCACAGUGGCCACACUAGUGAGUCCGAACUCAGAUUUUGAUAGAAGGACAAGAAAUAAUGUGAAGACUAAAGAAACUGAUUAACAAAGCAGAUGGAGAUGGUUUUGGGAACAGAGACCAAGAAGUAAAAAAAAUUCAGAGACAGAGACCGACAGAAAGACGAUCCAGCAGCCAUGCAUCUGGAAGUUUUACGGUUCUUGGCUGGGUUCUUUGGAGCUCUAAGCUUAAUAUUUCUCUUGGGGUCUCUUGGGUCUGAUUACUGGCUUUUGGUAUCUGAAUCUUGUGAACAAGGUGAUGUGGAAGUUUUCAGACCAUGGAGAGUCACAAAGGAUAUUUUAAAUACACAACCAGAUGAAAGUUUUCCGGUUGAAAACAUGCCUCUCCUCUAUCACGAAGGCCUCUUUUGGAGAUGUUCUUAUCAGAAGGGUUCAAAUGGAGGGCAGGAAAGCAUGUUGGCUUUUUGGAUCACCAACCAGCCAUACCAGAAGGUUUGCAUGCCAGCUUACCUGUCCCAUGCUCCUGUCUCAAUUACCAAUGGCCUUCCAACUUCAGAUUAUGCCACAGUGCAAAGGGCAUUUUGGUGUGCUAUUUUUGUGCUGGGAGCCUCCUCUAUGUUGAUUGGAGGGUUUGUCACAAUCUGCGCAACACCAAGGACCAGUCAUCGCCUGUAUGAGGCUGGAGGGUCUCUCUUUAUAACUGGAGGUGUCUUAAUCUUCUCUGUAGUGUUGAUGUUUGCUUUAUGGAUGCAGGUCUCAGACUCUUUAGAGAGGUACGGUCUUCAGCGCAGGCGGUUAGUUUGUCCCAGUCUGCAGCUUAGUGUGCAUUACGGUCCAUCCUUUAUGUUGGCUCCCACUGCUGCCUUCCUCAGCCUUCUCACUGGCCUGUUCCUCCUGCUCAUUUCAUCAACCAGCAGGGCAUCAAGGAACACAGAGAAGCUGCUGUUCUCGAUGCGGGAGGAAUGUGUGUAGACCUGUUGUUUAAAUAUGGUGUGUGAGUGUUUCCAUACCAAUGUCCAAAGGAACUGUUGUAAUAACACUGUACUGGUAAGCGCAUGAGCUGACCCAGGGGAAAUUGAUUUUGCUGAUCUAGGCACUGCAGUUAACACUUUGUCAGUACCAAAGUGACUUUCUACAACAGAAAAAGUAAGACAGGACAUCUUACUGGUCAAACUCCUGGACCUCAUUACUUUAAAUUCAACAUCAGAUAUAUCUUGUGAUUGUCUUAACACAACAGUAAUGUCAUGUUUAGUGUGGACAGACAUUUGUUUAUUGUUGGAAACAGGCUGCAUUAGGGGUGGGGGAUAAAUCGAUUCUUCGAUGCGGACGUGGACAAUUCUGAAUCUAUUCACAAAAAUCGAUUAUUAAAAGUUAGUUAAAAAAAAAUAACAUGACUUUAUCAGAACCAAAAGGCAUAUUUCAACUGCGGGAGUGGGCACACGGACAGCAUGAAAGCGCACAUCGCACGGGCACCUACAGCGGAGCUUACAUGAGCAGUAGAGAAAGAAAAAACAAAUACAUUUAGGACAGCUCCGUUUGACUAAUUUAAACCGCAAGAAAACUAAAUACACCCGAUGGUCUUUCUCUGCUUUUUCUCUGUUCAGUGAGUGGCAGGGAGAAACAUUGCCUUUAAUUUACAGAGUAAGAAUCAAUUCUGAAUUGAACCGUGAGGGUCCAAACGAUUAC